GAAAUCUCCACACAGCUCUCCAUAGUGGUUGGACCAGUUUGCACUCCCACCAACAGUGCAGAGAGUUCCUUUUUCUCCACACCCUCGCCAAUAUUUGUUGUUGCUAGUUUUUUUAAUAUGUGCCAUUCUCACUGGUGUAAGAUGGUAUCUCAUGGUAGUUUUGAUUUGCAUUUCCCUGAUUACAAGUGAUGUUGAACAUUUUUUCAUAUGUCUGUUGGCCAUUUGCAUUUCCUCUUCAGAGAAGUUUCUUUUUAGCUCUUCUGCCCAAUUUUUGACUGGAUUAUUUUCUUUGUUGUUGUUGAGUCUCAUCAGCUCUUUGCAGAUUUUUGUGAUCAGUUCUUUAUCAUUAGUGUUGUGUAAAAAAAUGUUCUCCCAGUUGGUGGGGUUUCUCUUUGUUUUUGUUAUUGUCUCUUUUGCUGUGCAGAAGCUCUUUAAUUUGAUGUAGUCCCAGCUGUUUAUCUUUGCCUUCACUAUCACUGCUUUGGGUGAUGUGUUUGUAAAGAUGUCUUUGAUGUGCAAAUCAUGUAGUGUUUCGCCUAUAUUUCCUUCUAUGUAUUUUAUGGUUUCAGGUCUUAUGUCUAGUUCUUUAAUCCAUUUUGAGUUGAUUUUUGUGUAUGGUGUGAGGUAGUGGUCAAGCUUCAUUCUUUUGCAUGUGGCAACCCAGUUUUCCCAGCACCAUUUAUUGAACAAACUUUCUUUGCUCCAAUGCAUAGUCUUUGCUCCUUUGUCAAAGAUUAGUUGACCAUAAAUCUGUGGGUUUAUUUCUGGAUUUUCUAUUCGAUUCCAUUGGUCUGUGUGUCUGUUCUUGUUCCAAUACCAUGCAGUUUUGAUGAUUAUGGCUUUGUAGUAGAGUUUGAAGUCUGGGAGUGUGAUGCCUCCAUUCCCUUCUUUUUUUUUUCAGGAGAGCUUGGCUAUUCGGAGUUUUUUGUAAUUCCAUAUGAAUUUCAUCAAUAAUUGUUCUAGUUCUUUGAAGAAUGACAUUGAGAUUUUGAUUGGAAUAGCAUUGAAUCUGUAUAUUGCUUUUGGUAGGAUGGCCAUUUAAUAAUGUUUAUUCUACCAAUCCAUGAGCAGGGGAUGUCUUUCCAUUUCUUUGUGUCUUCUAUUUCUUUUAACAGUGUUUUAUAGUUUUCUUUGUAUAGGUCCUUUACCUCUUCGGGCUCAGUGUCCAAGGCUUCCCCCAGGCGCUGAGCACGUGCUGCUGUCGCCCAGAAUACAGGGCCCCCAAGGUCUACCUUGGCCAGCAGUACAACGGCCCCAAGGUGGACGUGUGGAGCCUGGGCAUCAUGCCCUACGAAAUGGUGACCGGCACACUGCCCUUCAGGGGGCCCAGCCUCAGGGCAAUCAGGGAGUGCGUCCUGGGUGGGAACGUCCACCAGACCACCUACCUCAUGGUCCAGGGCGGGGACCUGCUGGCCAAAAUGCUGGCACGGGACCCCUGGAAGCGCAGCACCCUGGAGAGCAUCCAGCAGCACGCCUGGGUAGCAGAAACGAGCAGGGGACUCCUGCCCUUCAGCGAGCCGUCGCUCUGCCCCCAGGACCUGGCCAUAACCAAAGGUAUGGAGCGCCUGGGCUACCAGAGGCAGGAAAUUCGGGAGGCCAUUGACACUAACAAGUACCGCGAGGUCAUGGCCACCUACCUGAUCCUCUGCUCCAGGAAGCAGGCGGGGGAGGAGGACUAUGAGGAGGAGGGGGAGGAGCGGCCCAGGCGCGUUACCUUCCAGGUGCCGAAGCGCGUCACCUUCCAGGAUCCCGGUUACCCUGAUUACAAGGACUCCCCACCCACCCCCACCCCGCCGGCACCUGAGGUUUCGGGGAAUACCCCAAGGCCGGGUAUCCUGGGAAAGCACCCAGUGCAGAAGAUUGGAAAAGAUACCCACCCCACUCCCUCAGCCUGAGGUUUUGGGGAAUGCCCCAAGGCCAGGUAUCCUGCGAAAGCAGGAAGUCCAAAAGAGGGGAAAGGAUGUCACCCCGGGCAACAGGGUCAUCUCCACCAGGUCCCUGAGCUGGAGGAUGCGCAGCAGCACACCACUGCUGCAGGUCCAAGCCCCCUGCUAGAGGACACCCCAAAGGGCAGUCCCUCUGCGCUAGGCCCAGAGCUGGAGGAUGGCUGGGGGGACACCAGCACCUCUGUGGCUAGACCCCAGCUGGAGAACACUGGGGAGCACGGCAGCACCACUGAGACAGGCCCCCAGCUGGAGAGGGACCAGGAAAGCAGGGCCAACACGAUCAGUCCAGCUCCCCAGCCCUCCAGCACCACCCUAAGACGUCCCCCAAUAUGUGACUGGCCUUCCAGUGCAGUGGCCCCUUCAGCAAUCAUCAGGGCCAGAGAUAGAGUAUUAGAAAUUAUCCUAGAAUUUUGUUGCUGCUGUGCAGCAUUGGAACUGGAGAGCAACAAAGAUUAAAAAUAGUGCCAUACCCGGCAGAAGACCCCCCACCCCCAAAGAACAAGCACUCAGUGGCCAUGGUGAACAGGAGUACACCAGGGAAGGUUGAGGCUCUGGAGAGGCUCCGGGGCUGGGCCCAGUCAGAGGGGCCAGGAGCAGCAUGAGACUCACAGGACUGCAGCACAGAAGUCUGGGCAGCACUGAUGUCCCUGGAGCAGAGCAGGUGAAGGACCAGGCAGGCAACGAAACUGGUGAAGCAUCUGGAGAGGAGCAGAGCGGGUGAGGGUUGGCGUGCGGAGGGGUUGGGGAGAGUUGAGCAGGUACAGGACCAGGAGAGGGGUGUGGGGCUGUGUGGGCAGAGCCUCCAGAGGUCCCAGGGCCACAGGCGAGGAACCCUGGGCCUCUCUCCCCCAUCUUAGGUACUGCCCCCUUGGUGGGAGAAACCUGCUGCUCACCCCUGGGCACACAGAUGGUGCAGAGGAUGCAGGAGCUCUUGCAAAGGCUUGGGCCUGGGUGGUAAAUCGUGCAGAUUGCAAGGAGCACAUAGAUAGGCUCUCUAGCUCCCCUUAAGAAAGACUCUGGGACCAGUAUAUUAGAAUCCAAACGGGACUCUCCAAGGUGGGCAGAGGUUAUUCACAGAGCAGCCCUAAUCCACCAUGACCUGCUCAGCUGGAAAAUCCGCACAUCUUCCUGCUCCACGAAGCCUAGGCUAUGAUCAGUCUCAGUCCCGCAGUGAGCACACCUAGGUGUCCAGUGUCCCCUGGGCCGAAGCUGCAGCUCGUCAUGGAGUACGUGCAGAAGGGAUUUUGCAACUUGGGAUUCUUACACAGUGUCAGUCCAGCUGGAAUUUCUCCUUUUAAAAAUCCUCUCCAGACGGCUACCCACCCUUCCUCCUCCCUGGAUUCAAACCCUGCAGGGUGACCUUAGCCAAAUUGGAAACAUUAAUAUCGCCCAACAGAUGCAGGCUUUGGACACCAGUCUCUGCCAAUUAAAUCACUGGGUACAGGAAUGAAAAACUACAGGGGCUGUCUACCUUAAAUUUGUGUUUUUUCAUCAUUGUUUAGAUGGUGUUCAAUUCCCUUCUAAAACUAAGGUUUUGCUAAGUCUGGUAAAUGCAAGUGAGGUGAGGUAUGUGUGUUUGAAAAAAGAAAUGUAUGGAAGAGGGAUAUUCUGAAGGGCCUUAAGAUAAUGUAAAGCCGGAUGGGUAAAAUGAAAUGGCAUUAGAAUGAAAGCAAGCAAAAGAAAGUGUUGAAGGUCUGACAGGGAGGUUUUGGUGAGAAAUCGUGUGUACUCAGGUGUCUCCCCCUCCUCCAACACACUCAUGGGCUUGCUCAUCUGACCAGCAAAGCCCCCUCUGACUGACCUUUUGUCAGCUGAAGCUGGGGCCAGGACAUCCAAACUUGGACCAACUCUCCCUUACUGCCAUGGAUCCUUCCCAUAGUAGGCCUGGUGAUCAUGAUCAUGCUUUUAUUUGUUUCUACACCCCAUUUUCUCUGCUUUAUCCAGGAAAAGCUCUCUGAGAUGAGCCUUCGCACUCCCAGACCCGGGAAAGCCAUUCCUGUUAUUGACAGAUGAGCAAAAGGGCGUUGCUCUAGGGGUUCUGGGCCAACCUACGCCAGUCCAGCGAGCAGUUGCUUAUUUCUCUAAACAAAUGGAUCCCACUGUAAGAGGAUGGCAGCCCUGCCUGCGUGCACUUGCGGCAGCUUCUCGUCUCGCUAGACCUAAGGCCUUAAAACCCACACUGGGCCAACCUGUAAAUGUUAGUUCUCCACAUCGGCUCCAGGACCUGCUCACUCAUCAGGCUCUCUCCCCUCCAUCACCCUCUUGUCUGUUAGAUUUCUACUCUCUUUGUCAAAGACCCUCUCAUCUCCCUCUCCCAAUCCUCGACUCUCCAUCCUGCCAGGCUUCACGGGUGUUCCACUCCCUAACGCAGGUAACACCCUCUUCUUACUACGGUGGACACCAUCACCAGUCGGACAGUGGACCUGCCUUUAUCUCAAAGAUUACUCCACAGGUCUCCUCCCUGGGCAUCACCUGGAAACUACACAUUCCCUCCCGACUGCAAUCCUCUGGUAAGGUAGAACGGGUAAAUGGUCUGACCAGAGACCACCUAGCCAAACUCUCCACAGAGCCCACAAAUCCUGGGUGGAGCUGCUCCCACUGGCUUUAGUGCACCUCCGAGCCACUCCCCAUGGCCCCUUGUUCCUGAGCCCCCUUGAACGGAUGUAUGGCAGACCUCUUCUUACUAACCAUGAGCUCCGCGUCCAACCUACACUGUUGGCUGGAUAUUUUCCAUACUUCUCUUUGCUCAGACAGCUGCUCCAAGAACACGCAGACCUUUGUCUGCCACAACCUGUGCCUCCGUCCCCUGAUGCACCUGUCAACCUGCUGUGCCCUGGAGACCAGGUUCUUCUGAAAGCCAUCUCUCCAAAACCACUUCCGCCAAAGUGGAUGGGUCCACACGAUCAUCCUGAAAACACCAAUGGCUGUCAAGGCAUCAGCUGUCCAGGGUCAAAGCGGUCCCUGUGGACAAGCAAUUUAUUUAUGCAAGCACUGGGUACAGUCAGAAACACAGGAGGGUGAGAGAACUCACCAGAGACAAAGCGAAGAGCAGAACAGGCAGACUUGACGAAGCACACUGCUGAGGGGAGCAGUGGGCGGCAGGAGAGGUCUGCCCGCCAUGUGGGACCCUCGCCUUGAGGCCAGGGAUUGAACCGGUGCUGUAGAGGCUGUGGGCAGCUUCACAACCCAGCGCUCAACCGUCAACCGCUGCGCCACCGGGGAGGCCCCUCUCCUUCCUCUGUUUCUAAUCCCAUCUCUUCAAGCCACUUCCAGUUCUUCUGUCUAUGCCCAGCAAUUCCAGAUCAGCACAGCCUCGGACCAGGUAUUACCACUCAUAGGGCUUCUUAUCCUAAUCUCCUCAUUUUUUCUUUUUGCCCCAUGCUUACUCCAUUUCAUCCAACACCGGAUCCAAGAACUGUCCCAUACCACCUUUAACCAACUCCUUCUCCACCCAUAUCCUCGCGCUGCAAAGACUGUCUCAUAACCAGGCCUGAGCGCCCACCCUGGUCUUCGCCCCUGUCCAGCAGGAAGUAGCCAAAGAGAGAACCAUUGCCCCUUUUCAACAAAAGGCUGGUAUGAAAGGUCGAUGCAGGGGCCAGGAAUGGGGAAGCCCACAUACAAACAACAAGAUGGCCCUGACACCAGUACCCCUGAUUCCAUCAAACCAAAACUGAAGCCAUAAGCAGGAGAAAACAACUCAGCUCCACGAAAAAACAACUUAGUUCCCCCUAAGCCUGUUUCCCCCCCUACCAACCCAGUUU